CCUCGUUCCGUGCUCUUUCUCUAUUGUGUCGCGCGCGCGUGAUCACGAAAACGCACGACGUGUCUGCUUUCGGAAAAUCAGGAAAAAUCGUUUCUUCACGGUUGUGUCAUCUCUCUGGGAGGAACGACCGAUCGCAAACCAUUCGAGUUAUCCAGUUAAAGCUCAAACGAAAAUGACCGAGUCUACAUCAGGCAAGGGUUCACCAAGCCACGUCACGAUGGCAUUCUCGGGCCUGACGCACGUUCUUUUACUAGCCCCAGUAAUAUACAUCUUGGUUCUUGCCUUCGCGAAGUACAGCUUCUUCUCAUGGCAUCCCAUUUGCAUGAGUAUCGGGGUGGGCCUCCUAAUAACAGAGGCAGUGUUCAGCGUUUCCGGGGAGGCGUACAUCGGCUCGAAGAUCUCCAGAUCGAACCGAGUGACAAUGCACUGGAUACUGCACACAGCAGGUCUUCUCCUCGUUCUGAUCGGCCUGAUUAUCAUCGUAACUAAUAAAAUCAACGGCAACAGAGCCCACUUCGCCACACCCCACUCGAUCCUCGGCCUGAUCAGUAUCAUAAUGGCCGUUCUGACGGCAGCUUUCGGGAUCGUCACCAACAACCCAAAAUGGCUGUACCCUAGGUUCAGGCCAGUCCUCUUGAAGAUCAUGCACGCGUUCGCUGGUAUCGCCGUCACGAUACUAUUGCUUGCAUCUAUCAUCACUGGUACCUAUACCGGAUGGUGGUCAGGCGGCGAAACCGGAAGGAGCCUCGUGUUCGCGUCCCUUUUCAUCGCUGGCUUCUUCAUACUGCUGAAACCGAUCCUGGGAGCUGUAUCCAGGAGCAAAGUCAUCUUCGGACCUCCUCCCACCACUACGUAAUCGAUCGUUUAAUUAUUAACGAUCGAUUCUGAAACGAAUAAAUUUUUGGAGUGCAUAUAAAAGGAGGUCCCUUGAUGGGAUUGUCUGACACCUUUGAAGGGCUGCUGGAAGGAAAUAUCUACGUAUAGCUUCGUUCAAAUUUUAUAUAACGGUAACCGAAAUUUGCAGAUAAUGCCUUCUGAUCGAAUCGAGACUGGGUUUGAUAAUUUUUAUUGGAAAUUUAAAAUUUAGAUUGUUGUUUAUUUUUUCAUCACGCAUGGUUUUUUUUGUGAACCUUUUCAUUUCUUUUUACUGUUCGAAUGAGCCACUGUAAAGGAAAAAUUUAAUUAACAGAUACUCAAACUAAAAGUAUUUUCAUAAUCGC